UCUGCUGCGAUUGGCGUCAUCUGAAUGAAAGCUCUGUGCCCCACAAAUGUGGACGCGCACUACCCAGGCGGGGGGAGUGGACUCGCGCCUAAUAUCCGGUUCCUCCCGUCGUCAAGGAGGAAGGAACUCGUUUCCUCCAAUGGGAAGCGAUGAGCCAGGAACGAAUCAGCUCUCUGCUGCAGAUGACUCUGGAUGAAGUUCUGGGAGAGUUGGAAGUGGCCGUUGGCCUGGGCCAGAGACAGAGCUGCAUGAGAGAGGUGGCCCUGCUCGACUACUACAGCUCUGGGUUCUGGUGGGCCAAGGAGUCGGGCUUCAGCCCCGCCCAGAUCUCCUUCAGCAUGGCCGUUUUCCAAAGGCUGCUGGACAACAUCAAAGAAGAUAAGGGAGUUGGAUUUGUGGAGAACUGGAUGGAUUUAGCCAACGCACUGAACGGUGCCCUCCAGCAGGGGGCGGGCGUUCCUCUUCUCAGUGCAGAGCAAGCCACUGCCCUGGUAGAGCACGUCACAAACAGCCUCUUCCAGCAUUACAGACUGUAUGAACUCCUCUUCACCAUCCCAAGAGAACAGGCUCUUAUAGGAAUAGAGAGAACCAUUGAAGUGAUUUGUCAAGAUGCAAUCGCUCCAUUGGAAGAGGGGAUGUCAGCUGACCAGGACGUAGACCUGCCACUCAGCCAGGAGCAAGAAGAGGCUAAUCAGGAGGAGUCAGGGGGUGAACAGCAGGCAGACAACAGUGAAGGGCGGCCGAGAGAGUUGGUGGUGGACGAGGAGGAGGACGUUGGGCAGUGGUCUAUCCAGGAGGUGGAGGAAGUGAUGUCGGAGCUGGCCAAGGAGAUGAUGGGGAGCCUCCAGGCGGACUUCAGCGAGAAACUAAGGAUACAUGAGAGGUCUUUCUCAGCAAAGAUAGGACAUCUGAAAGACAGCGCUUCCAAAUAAGUGCAUUUAUGACUGGUAAUUUGCUUCUUAAUAAAACAUUUAUAAUUCAGUUUCAUAAAAUAACGUGUCUGGAAUAAUUAAUUUCUGUGCGCAUACUGAAAUCGAAUAACUUUGGGCUUUGAUUUUCAAAGGAAUGUCCUUUAUUUGGGCUGUGAUAUUGGCUGAUGUCUUGACUUUAUGCUCCCAGACGACAUUGGCUCGGUUUGGUCAGAAUUAGUUUUUUAUCAAUGAGGUUAAGGGGAAACUUCACCCAUUUCCAUUAAGCUUUGUAUCGUUAGAAACCCACUCAUAUUUUUGAAUGGUCCUGCAUCAUUCCCUUAUUUUCUGGAGAGACUGGAGAUAUCCGUAUCGAUCUCCAACACUUCCUGUUUAAGAUGACGCAAUAUGACGAUUUUUGCGUAGAAGUAAAUAGGAAGUGUAAGAGGGGAGGAUUCUCGUAAGACUACAAGCACUAGUCCCACCCCCAGGGGGGUUGGACCCACUGACGCUACUGACCUAUUAGAGCAGUGCCAGUGGGUGGGACUUCACCAGCAGAAACUAACAUCCACAGCGUCUGAAGCUAAGCUAACAGAGGCUGCUGAUAAAACUGAAGUACAAUGACGGAAGGUACUGGAUCUUUACUAGAAAUGUUGUGUGAAAUGAUUUUCAAGCAGUCUUGCGGUAUCAGCUUGGUAGAUGGAACAGCGAGGUGUCCGAUAGGCGGAGAUCUAGAUCAGCGGGAGUGGCCAGCGAAGCUGUGCAUCGUGGUGCAUGUUGGGAGUUGUUGUCUUCAA